AUGCGCCUGGGCUGGCAAGUGGCCAGGGCAUUGCAGCUGUCUGCUUCUGCACUGGACAGAUCUCCUCUACUGUUUGCUGCUGUCUUCCAUCCCUCAUCUUGUGCUGUGACCACUUCAAACGAUUCUGUUUCCAAACAGAAGUCAGUACUACAGGACCUUGACUCGCCGACAGAGGCUCGGCAGAGCUGUGUUAACAGACGAACGCAAGCAGCCAAGAAGCAGAAGUGCACAAAGCCUUGGUGGAGGCUAGACGGCAGUGUUGGCACACGCUCUAAGGCACAGCAAGCGGCUGCUAGGGAGUUAGCAGAAAAUAGCAAUUUUUCUCCAAAAGCCAGCACCAGUAAGCUGCCAGCAGAUACGUCUCCUGACUCCAAAUGCCCCAUCUGCCUGGACAGAUUUGACAACGUUGCCUAUCUAGAUCGCUGCUUGCAUAGGUUCUGCUUCCGCUGCGUCCAGGAAUGGUCAAAAAAAGUAGAAUGCCCGCUUUGCAAGCAGCCCUUUUUUUCCACUUUCCAUACUAUUCGUGCCGAAGACGACUUCAAGGAGUACAUCCUAAGCCUUAGAAACCAGCUCUUUGCCAGCCCCGAUGGCCGGAGGUUCCGUUACCGCACUACCCUAACGAGGGAACGCCGGACACGCAGCUCCCCUUCCCGAAGGAUGCUGUCCCCGCCGGAUAACGGGAUGUUGUUUGAAGGGCUGUCAAGCGAGCCGGCACGACACAGACACAGAGAGAUUCAGCAGAUGCUCAGGAGGCUGGCCUCGAGGAGGAAGGCCAGCGCGGAGGGCAGGUCUCUGCGUCAGAUUCAGGAGGAGGACAUGAUCACCUUCCGCAGGGCUCUGUACCGCACCGGCGUGCGCAUCCGCAGCAUUCAGGACGGCGGGCGAUACCGAGAGAUCUCGGCGGAGUUCUUCCGCCGCAACCCUGCUUGCCUUCACCGCUUGGUUCCUUGGCUGAAGCGAGAACUCACGGUCCUGUUCGGUGCCCACGGGUCUCUGAUCAAUAUUGUGCAGCACAUAAUCAUGAGCAACGUAACUAGGUACGAUCUGGAAAGCCAGGCCUUUGCUGACGAUUUAAAGCCAUUUUUGCUGAAUCGGACAGAACACUUCCUGCACGAAUUCAUCAGCUUUGCUCGUUGUCCUUUUAACUUGGAAGCGUACGAUCAACACGCCAAUUACAACUGUCCCGCACCAUCGUACGAGGAGGGAAGCCACUCAGACUCAUCCAUUAUUACAAUAUCUCCGGAUGUGGCGUACCCACAAGGGCCAGAUAAUAGUUUGUCUGUGCCCGGUCUUGGUCAGGCCCCGUGGGAUGAUGAAACUCCGGGGCCUUCCUAUUCCAUUUCAGAAGAGGUUCGUGCAACCAUAGCUUCUCCUCUGGAGUCAUCAGAAAGUUCUGACGAGGACUCUGCUCCAGGGAGCCGGAGAGCCGAGCUGCAGACUGAGUUACAGGCUAAUGCUGACUCCAACGACAGUGGCUCUUCCUCAGACAAUUGUGUCAUCGUUGGGUAUGUUAAGCCGUUAGCUGAGAGGACGCCAGAAGUGGUUGAGCUGUCCUCUGACUCUGAGGAGUCCAUCAAGGAGGAGAAAAGGGAAGAUGCCAAGAAACAGCAACCGGUCCAGUGUCCCAGCUGGAGUGACAGUGAACCAAGCAGGAGCUUCUCACCACAUUCCCCAACAUACAGGGAGGAUGUAGGAGGUUGCACAAGUAAAUUAGAAUAUGAGCCCUUCUUGAAGACAUACGGUACCUGGGUAACUAUCAUCCCUAUUGUCCGAUCCCGUUGUAAAAGGGGAGUUGAGGAGGACUCUUGUUGA